UAAAUAAACAGUACAAUGCUGUGAUAUUUUAAUGUAAAAAAAAAUGAGAAACCAAAAUAUUAGUAAUUCGCAUAGUUACAAUUACAUUAACAGUUACAAGUACGGAGUAAAUUCAGAGGAAAAUUCGGGGAACUGAGAUUUACCGUCGAGACGAUGUCGGAUCUAGCUCACCAUUAAGUGGCCGAGGGGAAAGUCACGUAAGAACGUAUAGCACGCGGGAGCUCGAAGAUUUCGCUCGGCGCACAAUAGCAAAAAGUCGCAAGGUGCGGAAACUCCGAAAGAGCGUGGAACGUCACGGUACGACUUUAUUACACGGCUAGUUCGAUUUACGAGUUACUCGAAUCCAGGUAUUUUCUACCGCGGGCAGGUGAGGCCGGCGGGGAGAGGCGGAGGGAGGGAGAUCAAGGACGUUCGACGAUAAAUUUUCUUGGGCUAUAAUGGGGCUCUAUGGGGUGGUGGGACGGACAGUGACGGGGGUGGAUGUCGGGUGCAGAGGUAGGAUUUCUGCGUCGACUCGAGGAGGCGACGCCGGGGUAAAACCUGCACGGUACGACAGUGAAAAAAGGGGGACGAGGUGCGAUGGCAGAGGGAUCACGGGGACGACGACGUCGGGAUCGAGAGUGUCGUUAUCGACGAGAAAAUUUUCGUGGCGUCUCACGAUUACUUGACGCUUGCGAACGGACGAAGCCAGAGGACUCUGCGAUGAGGAGCGAAUGCUCCUCUCGCGAGUCGUUUACGAUCGAAAUAGAACGUGUCUAAAAUUAUUUCUCUAGCUGUUCCAGACGUGGCGAAAGAGAAGAUAGAGAGAGGGGGGUAGGUGAGAGAGAGAGAGAGAGAAAGAGGAAGAGAGAGACAGCUUCUUCCGUUCUUAGAAGCGUUCUAUCCUCGUCCCUCUCGCCAUAUAUACGCACAUAUAUUUGUCCCUCCCUUUCGUCCGCAUUCUAGCGGCGUUUUCAGUCUAAUACCGGUCUUCCGUCCUAAUACCUCGUUCGUGUCUAUAAAGUAAACCCCUCAUAAAGCAUCGAGCCGCCGCGAGAGAGACGUGAGGAAUCCCCGGGUGCUGCGUUUUUCGCGGCGAAUGAGAGUAGUCGAGAGGAUCUUUAAAGUUUUACUCGCUCCGGGCGGAGGAAGAGGAGGAGAACGGCGGACCGCCGGUAAUCCGUUUCAGUCAUUCCGUAUGCGCUCGGGUGUCCCUCGACUGCGGUCGUGGUGGUGUUCCAAAACUGCGAACCGACCUACGAAGAGGGAAUCAGAAAGAAAUCGGAAAUGCAGGCUUAGAAUGGUUGAAGAGGCGAAGUGAAAAGUUUGCGUAAAGGGCAGUCAAACGAGCCGUUCAAGUGAACUUUACUUAAACGUUCGAGCAGUGGACGGUGGAAAUCUAAAGUGGGAAUUAAAACCGAUGCGGUUUCAUCGAUGCCGCGGACCCGGAAAGGACGUACCGACUCGUCGAUUAAUGGCGAAUAUACGUUGGAGUUUCUGUUAUUGCACGAUUGAAUUUGUAAAUAUUGAGAUAUAAUUUGGACAUUACUCUUGUCGUUUGACGAAAACACACGUAAAUAGAAGUAAACAACAAAGAGGGAGAGGAAUUGGAAAAAAAAAAGACUCCGGGUAUUCCACCAUCCGAUAUUCCUGCAGCAAGCAAUUUGCGAAGGAGAUCCUGUGGAAGGACGCUCGUCUGGCGGGGGAAGUCCCUUUAAAUUCGGGUCUCGGCUGCUUCUUGAUAGAGAAUCCCCGAGUGGCUAUUUCUCACGGGCGAAUAGAGUCGUUUAAUUCCGUGGACUCGAGACGAGAGAAUAGGAAUCUGCCCGCGCGUCCGGUCCUCGGUCCUUUUAUCAUUCAAUACGGGCGAAAUGACUUUUUUCGGACUCGCGCGCACCCCCUGCGCUUCGUACGCGGUCCAACUUGUAAAUUAUUUUCGCGCAAACUCGACUCGAUUAUUAUCUACUAUUUUCACCGGUAAAAUAUCUACGCUCGGCUGUCUGUAUGUACUCCUGGUCGUUGCUCCCUGCGAAUCGCGCCGUCUAACUGCUUCUUAAUCCCCGGGAGUUCGGGGUUGACGCGCGCGUUCGACGGCGGAUACAAAAUACACCGAAACACGUAGCUUUUGUAAUAUUCAGCGGGAUCGGUUGUGGUGCGACGUCGAGUAACGAGGCGGACUUCUGGUGCAUCGGGUACAUCGACAACUGCAGCUCGUAAAGAAGCGAAGAGAGACGCAGACGGGGAUACUGAUUGUACUCCUGAGGAAUUCACCUCUCUCACAAAAGUAGAAAUAUGCGGGAAGAUUUAAUCAAAACAUAAUUACCUGAGAAUAUCACGAAAACUUGGAUAAGAACGUAAUAACUGAGAGGUAAAUUAAGAUAAAAAUCUUAAAAGAUAAAAAAUUUUCUCUCUCUCUUGCGCGCAUACAGAAGAAAAAAACGUCCGCAAAAAGACGAGGCCAAACGGGGAAGGUAAAAAGUAGGGAGGAAGAAAAAUAUAUAAAACCGUAUACAUUAUACAAAACUGCGCCUUAAAAUGUGGAAUAAAGGAUGUAGGGAAGGGGAGGUCGUACUUGUACAAGCGACGCAAUCGUAACGAACUGAGUGGGUACACUAAUCUGCGAUAUAAAAACGGACGGGUCGUAUUUUAGGCCGUCUAAAAGGACGAUUCGCUCGCAUACAGAGAAUCUCGUUAACGGAACGCGCGCGGGGCGAGUCGAGGGAGGGGAGGGAGGGUGAGAGGAAGACGCGCGGCACAAAGGGCGCUUUCCCUCCGUGCGCAAGAAUGCAGGAUCAGGAUGAAUUUUACAGGAACCUCUGCUCGUCGGAGACGCUGCGCUCCGGCAGGAGGGGCUUCUUCCACGAUUUCAGCGGGCACGUGAUGCAAACCGCGGGCGAUACCUGGACGUCGGGGACGUUCGGCCGGAUCGAUGACGACGUGGGGCGGGUGAGGGCGAUCUUCACCGACGCGAGAGUAAAGGACGCCGUGGCCGACACGCUCGCAAACGUGAAGCCCCUUUUCAGGGACAAGGAUGCGGAGAUAUCCCGGCGCAAGCGACUCGAAGGGUACCAGCUCGCCGCCGUCGGCGAGCACGAAAAGGCCCUUUUGCUGUUCAGUCAGGCUGUCCUACGUGCACCUCAACCAGGUGGAAACAAGACGGUUGAUCAGGGUCUGUCGUUGCCCCUGGCGCUGCUGGGGAGAGCCGGGACCUUUACGGCCCUCAAAGAGUACCAUUUCGCGCUGGAGGAUCUGCGACUGGCCGCCGAACACGAUCUGCCGGACAAACCGAUGCGGGAGCUUGAGCGAAGGAGGGAGGAGUGCGAGCGUAUUUUGAAAGACAACGAGAGCUCUCUGGUGCCGGUCGAUCCCCGCAUCAACAAGCUGGCUCGAUUGAUUCCGGACAGGGAGAGAGGCGACGGCGACGGCGGCGGCGCGCCGUUAAAUGGCGCCGUUAAUUCCGAGCUCCGUUGGUCGUCCGGCGCCCUGGAAAUCCGUGAGACCACGACGGCGGGUAAACACGCCGUCGCAACCGCGGAAAUACAUCCGGGCGAUAUCCUGUUAGUCGAGCCGCCGCUGGCGGGCUGUCUCCUGCCCGAGUUCUAUGGCACCCAUUGUCAGCAUUGUUACGCGAGACUAAGAGCGCCAAUUGGAUGCCCCAACUGCAGCUGCGUCGCCUUUUGCGGGAAGAAGUGCAGGGACGUCGCGCUGACGACGUAUCACAAGUACGAGUGCAAAGUUCUGGCGUUGCUGAUAGGCUCCGGCAUGAGCGUGCUCAGCAUGGUCGCUCUACGGAUGGUGACGCAGGAGGGUCCGCGGAAGUGUUUGAAGAUCUACGAGAAGUUAAAGAAGAACGCCGUGGAAAAGGCCGCGCCGCCUUUGGCGGCUACUACCACUACUAGCACUGCUACGACGACGGGGACGGCGACACCGGAUACGCACGACAUGAAAUCGCCGGUGUGCAGCAAGUCGGCCAGGAGAAGAAUCAGACGGAGGAAGCUCAAGGAAUCUAGACGGGACGAGGAAAUUACCAAGAUGACGGAGGAGAACGGUACAAAGGAGAUCUGCGAAGGAGGCGACGACGAGAGGCACGUCGACGUGGCCCCGUACGGCUUGGUAACGCACGCGGACAGACGGACGAGCAAAGACUUCCUGGAAAGAUCGCUGAUGGCAGCCUUUCUGCUCAAGUGCCUACAGAGGGUCGGCUUCUUCGCCUGCCCGACGCCGGACGACGAAGUCCCAGGCGCCGAGGAGAUCACCGUGGCCGCCCUGCUGCUGAGGAACCUGCAGCUGCUCCAAUUCAACGCCCACGAAUUCUUCGAGACGCGGGUGAGCGCGGAGCAUCGAUUUCGCGGCAGCCGACCAGUCUACCUCGGCGUGGCGAUUUAUCCCACGGUCGCCCGUUUCAAUCACGACUGCUAUCCCGCGGUGACGAGAUACUUCGUCGGCCGACAUAUCGUAAUAAGGGCGAUACGCGGUCUGCAGCCCGGCGACGUUAUUGCCGAAAACUAUGGACCGAUAUUCACGAAGAGGACCCUCGCCGACCGUCAAAGGACACUGGCAGGAAGGUAUUGGUUCCGGUGUACGUGCAAAGCCUGCCAGGAGGAUUGGCCGCCCUUUGAGAAUCUGACGAACGAUUCCGCCAGGUUGAGGUGUCCUACGGCAGGAUGCGACAGACUGCACCCGCUAGCCCGGCAGGGUAAGCCGAUAAAAUGCCUGGACUGUCAAAAGAAAAUCUGCUUGGAGGAUCGGCUCGCGUGCCUGCGGGAGUGCGAGGCUCUCUACAACCGUGGAUUGGCCGGCAUGGAGGACGAGAGAGUCAACGAGGCGAUCGGGACGCUCUGCGACGCCCUGAAAAGAUUUCACCAAGUCGCCCGUCCACCGCAUCGGGACACACACCUGGCCGAAAUUGCUUUAAGCUCCUGUCUGGCUGACUACGGGAAUACUUGGCGACCAGCGGCGCUUUGAAGUGCGUACAAACGGAAAAGGAAGCUGACUUGAGCGGAUUCUGCUGCAACCACGCGGGCUACCGCGGCGAUUCGAAAAUGCUCCUCGAAUAAAAGAGGAAUCGCGUUUGAUCGUGGACACUGGUCCGGCCAAUCUGGCCGGCGCACACGGCGAUAUGAGACACACACCCGACGAAUAUUCUGUGCGGCGUUUUCAUACGAAAAUGUAUUGUUUGUUAAGAAUUGUAUUGUUUUCGAGAACGUAAUCAAUUUACAUGAUUUAUCUUCAGCCCCCUGGAUAAAAACUCAUCCAGUUAGUGUCCCUGUGUAUGAGGGAGCAUUUCAGUAAAAACAAUGCCGAAAGUAUUAAUUAACAAAAUGUGAGUGCAAUCCUUCUUUUUACCUUUGUAAAACUGGUUAAUAAUAAUCUAUCUUUCAAAUUUUUUUUAAUUAAUAUUAAAACCAUCGUAUGUACUAGAAAUUUUCUGUGGCAGUUCUUUCUCGGGGUAACAGCGAAUUGGACCUCACGCGGAGGAAUAUCGUUAGCUUUGCCCUUAUAAAAUCGCCAGGCAAUAUAAUAAAAACGGGAAAAGAAUAUAGAGAAAGGAUUCCGCGCGCCCGCCGCGCGAACGAUGUCACGUCGUCCGCGUAACGUCGUACAAUUUACACGCGUUAUUACCCGACCAUACAUACGCACUUUGUAUAUCCACGACGAUUAUCGGCGGCACACACGCGGACGGGAACAGAUAGCGAUAAUUGAUAUUGCGAGCGUGAAACGGCUGCGCGCGAGUAGAUGUUCAGUAUCGGGAAAUUAGCGGCCGAGGCGUUUACCGAGGCGUCGACCUGGAAGCCAACUUUUUUAAUUUCGCCUGCACACAGAGCGCAGGCAAUCAAUUGGUUCAUCCGAGAUCUCUCCUGAUUGCCUUCGCUGUGUGUACAUACGCGCGCGCGCGCGCAUGUGUGUAUGUGUGUGCACGCGCGUGUGUACACGUUUGCACGGUGUAUCGUAUCUCUAUCUGUGAAAACAUACGGGCGGGGAGUUUCUGAUAAGUCGUACGGGCUUUUUGCUCUCUUAUAUCUUCCUCUCGCGUUCUGCCGAUCGCGAAAAGCAUGGAAUUCUGCCAACCUUAACGUUUAAGAAAUCCCACGUCGUCUCGUUUAACAACACUACGUCAAGAGGAAGUAUUUACGAUAAACCCUCCUUCUCCCGAAGAAUGCUAACAAUUAUUUACAGUGAAAUAAUAAUAAAGUAGAGCAAUCUUUUUGUUCUACUUUUUUUUACAUUUGUAGUAUUUCGAAUGCAUAUUUUUUUAAUCCCAACAAAAUGGUUUAGCAAAAUAAUUUUUCUUCUGGAUAUGCGGAGAAAGAUGACGGUCCCUUGCGUAUGUUUAUCAUCGUAUGCGGCAAAAAUGCAUACAGUCUGCUGAAUGUAUAUAACGGUUGCGUGCUCACGUAUUGCAUAUAUAUCCGGAUUAAAGGACUCAAAUCCGACACAACCUAUUAACCUUUUUCUUCCGUUCGUAACAAUCGCUGUAGCUCCGUUCUGCAACAUGUUCAGCCGUCAUUUUCGAGAGUGCACUGCGCGACGCAUCGGAAUGACCAGUACUUCAACAAAUUCCCAACUUAUUUUUAUGAUUUUAUAUAUAGUUAAAGUAUACAAGAUGAGAACCUUGUUUUAAAUGUAAAUACUACCGAUAUUUGAUUUUUAUCUAAAUAUAAAUAUACGUAUGUGUAAAUGUAUUAUGUAUUUUAUAAAAUAGAGGGGGUCUUUAAAAUUUUUUAAAGCGUUUCGAAAUAAAGAAUAUAUACGUGUAGAGAUUCGCGUAGCGAAUGCAUUUGCGCGGCGGAUAAUUUAACAUAAUAUCGUUAAACCAUGUACGCGCGAUGUCGCAUGAUACGCGCGGAUCGGGCAAUUUAUAAUUCAUAAUGACGAAUCUGUAAUAUCGAACCCGAAUCCGUUGUGUCAAUUACGGUGUCGGGUACGGUUACUGCUGAUCGUUGCUAUACGGGAUUAACGCUGGGACGGAAAAUUAAUUUAUAUACCUUGCGAAAGGUGAUUAAGUGCCGCCGUAAUACCGGUAUUAUUGGAAAUUCUCUAUGGCGGGAAUGCAUUAUACCUAUAACUUCUCCCGGGGUUCCUCCCCCCUCACCCCCCGUCCCCCGAUCAACAUCGCCGCGUGAAAUUACACAUAUGCGAGAUGCGUGCAUACGUACAAUUCCGCCGGGGGCCCGUCAAUUGCAUUACCUCAGAAAUUCCUCCGCGGCGGAAUUAAAGAUUAAAUAUCCGAUUCAUAUUCAAUUGCAAAAUUCGCGAUACUCUCGCCUGUAUAAUUUCACGGCCGUGACCGGUGCGUUUUAAUUCAAGUACGCUGUAAAUCUCGAAAUUUCAUGGAGAAUAAAUUGAUACGGAUAAUUGAAUAAAAUUUACCAAUGCGCGUACGCAUACUUCCGCUAUUAAAUUUCACUUGAAAUUUCAUUUUUACCCGGCAUUCCCGUUCCACUCGGCUCAAUCAUAAUUACCUUUUCAAUAAAAUUGCGGAUUCUUCUUCGAUAUAUUUUCGUGCGCUCCGGGCAUGUUGUUUGUACGGUGAUAAGAGAGAUAAUGAGAGGAAAUAUCGGAAUAAACAGGGGAAGAAGGGGGAAAUUGAAUGAAACAGAGCAUGUUCGAUUUGUGAUUUUUGCUAUUUUUUUGGUAGAUUUAUUUUUUAUAAUGCACAUGUUUCUCGUGAAAAAAUUAAAUUCCGUGUAUGAAAUUAGCAUUUAGAGUUUCACGUUUCGGUACAAAAUUCAUUGGGGAGGGGGGAAGGGGAAGAUCAGUCGACGGACGACUGUAUCUCGGGACACGUUCGGACAAUGACGUCGACGACGACGACGGCAACGUCGUGCCCGGCGUCCGUCGAGGUCUUUUGAUAGAUUUUUCUCUUAUUUAUUCUUUUUUUUUCUCUUUAUCUCUCGAAAGAGUUGAACGUCUCCUCGAUCGGGAUUUUGCUUCUUUUUCCUCUGCUCUUCUUUUUCGCUUCUCGUCCACGUUGUCGUUCCUUUCUCUCUCUCUCUCUCUCUCUCUUCCUCCCGCGAGAUAUAUACUCGAGUAUCGCCUUUUAUUCGCGCGAAACUCGAAUCGGAUCUAAUUGACUGUCGCGACGUGAUACCCCUUUUUAUUACGAUUGUUUUUGCCCGGUGGACACGACGCGAAUUCACGACGGAAGUUUCGAGCGAGAAGGAUCGCGCGCGCGCGCACGCGACCACGGCUCCUUUUUCUCCGGCGACGACUUUCCCCGUUUUCCUCACGGUGACGAGAACCGGAAAAAGAAAAUGCCGACCAUGACAAAUCGCGAAAUCUCGCAGACGCGGCGUCAUCGGCUCGCGUUAACUCGCGGACGGGCGUUCGAGGCGGAGAGCCUCGAGCGCGAAAACAAUCGGACCGCUCCGUACGUCAAAGAAUCUCGAUGCGGGAUGCAAAUUCGCCUCCCCGACCGGGAAGAGUGUUUAGCAUACGAAGCACCGGGAGAUCCCUUUCGCAUCUCUCCCUCCCCGCGAGAAUGUUCGGGCGGGCUAAUGGACCGAUGCAUGCCGCGGAUUCGAGACUCGCUCUCCUCUUCUAUCCGCGAACCUUUCCGCGUCCGCCCGAUCGUAAGCCGUCUUUCAACUUUUUCGCAACGAACACGUACGCGAUCGCGAUUGACUGACACGGCCACGUCGAGAUCGCCUCGACGACGGCGAUAAAUCCGAACGACGAAGUACACAAACUGAUUCUUUCGGUUAUACCGCACUCCGGGUUUUUUUUUCCAUUUUUCCCCUCGCUUUCCUUCUCUUUUACCCUUUUUUUUUUUAAUAUCUUUUAACCGCGUGUGAAGUUUAGCUGCUGGAUUCGCUCGUGAUUCGUUUUCUUUCGAUUUUGCCCUCACGGCUUUGGUUUUCGUUUUAACUCUGAUAUUCACUGUUAACACAUGCAUUGUUCUUUUUUUGCAGUUACAAUCGCGCGCCUGUUCGGCGCGCCGCUUGAAAUUUUUGCUUGUUCCGCGCCUCUCUCCCUCUUUCUCUCUCUCUCUCUCUCUCUCUCUCUCCCUCUCUCUCUUUCCCUCGCUCUUCCGCCGUCUCGAGAGGCCGUCUCUCUCUUGGAUUUCUUUUUUCUUUUUUUUUUAUAUUUCUUUCUACCGUGUUUUUUUCGUGGGAACGCGCGGUUACGUUAGACAACGGAAGGUGAUUACGUUAAACAACGCGGGCCCGAAGAGUCGCCUGGGCUUUUGUCCCAACGAACGCGGAUUGCGGUGUAAUAGAAAAAGCGGAAAGCGCGCGGGUGACGCGCGGUUUCGAUCGAUAGCGUCUCGUUGGGUUCCUCUCCCUUAUAGAGUCGGAUAAGGGAUGAAAAAAAAAA